AUGUCAUCGCGAAGCUGUCGCGACGUCGCUGCGAAUAAACGCGGUGUCUUUUUUCUUACGUUCUUUAGUUAUGUACUGUUUCAUGCAAGUCGUAAGAGUUUUUCAGCCAUAAAAGGACAAAUGGGAGACGAGCAAUGGAUACAUUCCGACGUGUAUGCAAAAGACCAACAGGUUCCGAUGUAUGGACUUAUGGAUACCAUUUUUAUGGGAUUUUAUGCAUUUGGAUUAUAUCUCAGUGGUAUACUUGGAGAUAAAUACGAUUUACGAUGGAUGAUUGCGGGCGGAAUGUGGGCCACAUCAUUCAUUGGACUCUUGUUUGGGCUUGGAGCAUUGGGAAAUAUUCAUGCAUUGAGUUUUUAUGCUGUAUUAUGGGGUCUCAAUGGUCUUGUUCAAUCCAGUGGUUGGCCAUCCAAUGUUGCCGUAAUGGGUAAAUGGUUUGAUCAAUCAGAACGUGGAGCUGUACUUGGUAUUUGGAGUGGUAAUGCCUCUUUGGGGAAUAUUACCGGUACUGGAUUAGUAUCGCUCAUGUUUGUACUAUUUGAUUCAACAAUAGCGUGGAAACUUGCAUUAAUCGUAGCAGCAUUUUUUGCAGCAUUUCAUGGAGUACUUGUAUACUUUUUUCUCUACCCGGACCCAAAGAAUGUACCCUAUCGCCAUGAAUUAAUUGAAAAUGCAAAACCAGAAUCAGCUAAAAUUUUAGAUGAACUGGAGGAUACUACGGACAUUGAGGAUGCACUUAUGAAAUCUACCGGUAUUGGCUUUUUUGAGGCCUGGUGGAUUCCUGGAGUUCUUCCGUAUUCCUUGUCCUAUGCCUGUCUUAAAUCGGUCAACUAUGCAUUGUUCUUUUGGGUGCCAUUUUACCUGACGGUAUCACUUGAGAUGGAAAAUUCCCAGGCUGGUGCUUUUUCGAUGUUGUAUGACGUCGGGGAAAUUAUUGGUGGAUCUGUCGGUGGAAUGGUAUCGGACAAGAUGGAGGUACGAUCUCCAGUUGUCGUGACCAUGUUGCUCUUCUCUUGCAUCACAUUGUACUUCAUGGAUGGAGCUUCGUAUGAAGUGACAGCAUUCUUGUUGUUGGCGUCGGGUUUUAUGCUAGGCGGUCCGGCAAACCUGAUCAGCACCGCUAUCUCGGCAGAUCUAGGUACUCACGAGAGCAUUCGUGGCGACGCUGAAGCGCUUUCUACUGUCACCGGCAUUAUCGACGGAACUGGAAGCAUCGGCGCCGCCCUCGUGCAAUACCUCGUGGGAUACUUGGCGAACUGCCAGUAUGAGCCGGCAGGCUGCGAUCCAAAAAGCCCACGGUGUGUGCAAGUGUGUUCGUGGGGUCCAGUGUUUAUUCUGCUUGAGGUGGGCACUAUUUUGUCGUGUGUGUGCCUUGCACAGCUGUUGUACCAUGAACUACGGCUCAUUCGUAGUCGUCGCCGAUACUGCUCUGCUGGCACCAAACAGUAA